GAGCAAGAAUGGCGCGCUCCAUGUAACGUUUGCCUAGUGGACAGUUAACUUCUGUAUUUUUACUAGAUUUUAUUGUAUUUAGUUACUUUUAUUCUGUACCAGUUCUCUCCUUUUGGCAGCAACGUUAACAUUUGCAUAUGUCCGAAUCAAGUAGCAACUGUUGAAACAACUGUAAGCUGAAUGCGUAAAUUACACAGAGUUGUUGCUUUGAUCUGAUAGAUAUGAGUUUAAGCAAUCUCACCGCAGCUAUCUCAACGGUGCUAAGAAAUAUAUUAGCUGCUACAAAGUAUGACACUCUAGCUAGUUGUACACGACAGUUUAGUGUUUCAUCAGCUACCUGUGGAAAGAUGAAGUUUAUCAAGCAGGGAAUUGACCCGAGUAAAUACACCCUACGUCCCUUACCAUAUCCCAAGACAGGAGGGCGUGGUCAUGAUGGUCGGAUAUGGACUCACGGCGUUGGUGGUGGUCACAAACGACGAUUCCGCAUGGUUGACUUCCGGCGCUCAGCUCCUGCCAAUGGGCCACCUCUUGUGGAGCGUGUCAUGGCCGUGCGGUACGACCCAUGUCGGACCGCCGAUAUAGCAGUGGUAGCUGGGGGUGAAAACAAACGCUACAUUGUUGCAUCACAGAACAUGAAGCCUGGAGAUUUGAUUAGAACAUCUGGAAAAGUUACCAGAAUUGCAGUGAAAGCUGAAGAAGGUGAUUCGUACCCUGUUGGCUCGCUGCCUCUCGGAACUCUGGUGCAUUGUGUAGAAAUGUACCCCGGCGAGGGUGGCAAGAUAGCGCGGGCUGCCGGCACCUGCGCUCAGCUUGUCCGAAAAAUCGGGGACCGAUGUUUUCUCAAGAUGCCGUCGAAACGUGAAAUAAACGUCUCCAAUGAGUGCAUGGCGACCGUGGGCCGUGUUUCCAACGUCGAUCACGAUAAGGAACACAUCGGGUCAGCUGGACGGGCCCGGUGGUUUGGGGUUCGCCCUCAGAGUGGAUUGUGGCAUCGAAAAACGGGAUAUAAUGGACGCAAAAUCCGCCCCAUUAAGCCAGCUAAAGUGUACACAGACCCAAAAGCACCUAGCCCUGCAGUUUACAAGUACACGUUUUAGUGACCACACAGACAGACAGUGGUGAUGCGUAUAUAAGUGUUUUAUUGUUUGGCAGAGAUAUUUUUGUUUUUAUUACUAACUCUUGGUUUUUAUGACAUAUUUUGGACUGUGUUGCAAUGUAACGUUUUCUAGGGCUUCUAGAUUAUGGUAGCCUCACUCCCAUGGCUAGUGAUAUUUAAUAUUGGGCUAAUAAAUAACUACUAUUGCUAUGCCCGAUGGCUAGUGAAUUUUUUUUUUUCAAA